AUAUUGCUUACUACUAAAUGACACUUUUGUUUGCAGCAACCAUGAAAUUCCUGCUGAUCGUCGCUUCCGUCGUCGCCGUGGCCGUCGCUGGCCCGACCCGCGUCCUCGUCACCCCCGGUGGUGGCUCCGCGCCCAUCGUGGAAGCUGAAUCGCCCAUCUCUGUCGGACCUGCCCUGAUUGAGAGCCCCAUCUCCGUUGGACCCGCCCUGGUUGAGUUCCCCAUUGUUGAGAGCCCCGUCGUCGUUGACACCCCCAUCGUCGGUGAAAGCCCCGUCUUCGCCGAGCUCCCCAUCGUUGUUGAGAGCCCCGUCGUUGUGGACACCCCCAUCGUCGGUGAAAGCCCCGUCUUCGUCGAGCUCCCCAUCGUUGUUGAGAGCCCCGUCGUCGUGGACACCCCCAUCGUCGGUGAAAGCCCCGUCUUCGCCGAGCUCCCCAUCGUUGUCGACGCCCCCAUCGUUGACGCCAGCCCCGCUGCUGUUGCUCCCGUCGAGGCUGAGUCGGUCUCCUCUGCCGCCGCUCCCUUGGUUCAGAUCAUCCUAAACAUCAACCAGGCUGCCGCC